AUGGACCCCAGCAACGACUGCGCCACCCCGAGAAGCGAUGGCCGCGGCAGCAGCAGCGGCAGCGACGGGAAUGGGGGCCGCUCGGCGAACAACUCGUCGCGGCGCCGCCGCCGCAUGCCGUCCUCGCCUACGGGUACUCAACUCAUGUCGGAGUUCAACGCUGCUGGUGAUGUCGGGGGCUCCAGGUCUUCCUCGUCGCUAUCGUCUUCCGGGGCCCUCGACCUGGAGGGUGUGCUCCUCCUAGCCACCCCGGUGGCAACGGACAGCACCAUCAUCAUGGAGGGUGAGCUCCUCGACGACGACAACGAACCAGGUACCCCCUCCGGCACCAGGCGCUCCGCUUCUCUCGUCGACAACAACGGGCCCAGCAACAGGGUCUCCAUCAGCGACCUCGACCUCGUUUUGGUCUCCUCCGGCUCUCAGGGCUCCAGUGGAGGUGGGAGCGGCGGCAGGCGCAGCGCCUCCAAUGAUCAGUUUCCCCAGAGGGAGGGACAUCGUAGGAUGUAUGCCCCAAGGAACAACAGAUAUUAUGAGGCGGGAUCCUCGAGCCGGCAGCCAGCGCCAGGGCAAUGGCAAGGCGUCGGUCCGCCCAACAUCCAGAUCCAUCCCCAGCAGGGGCCGGAGUUCCCCUACCCCUUCAACUUCCAUCUGCCGCCGGACUUCCGCAUCCCCCCGAACAUGAACUCCCAGCUGCUGCAGGUCGGACAGGAGUGUCCCAUCCCGGUGCCCCCGCCGACCCCGUCGCCGUGGGUGGGACCGGGAUUCGGUGCCGGACUGAGGGUGCAACUGGGACCACCCGUCCGAGGACCCGUGCACAUGUACGGGUCACCUGCGCUCUACCCGCCGCCCGGCGUCACCACCAUGGUCAUCCCCAGGAGGUCCUCAGGACUCUACCCGCCGCCCGGCGUCACCAUCCGCCACCCCCCGACCAGCAACGGAGACCCGCCGCCGCCGCCGGAGCAGCCCGCACGCACCAGGGUCACCAUCACGGCCCCACCAGCCAGCGAAGGACCCAGGCAGCCGGAGGCAACGCCGCCGGAGCAGACGGUACAAUCCAAGGUCACCAUCAAGGCCCCGCCGGCCGGCGAAGGGAGCUCGUCGCCGCCGCCCAAGCAGCUGGAGCAGCCCGAGACGCGUCCGUCCCAGCCGGUGCCGUUGGCGCGUGUGCCGACGUUCUGGUGGCCCCCGAUUGCAGAGGAGGACGCCCUCUUCACCGAGAGGCUUCAUGGCCCCAGCCGCCGUUCCAGGAGGCUGCCCGUGUUCGAGGACAUCUGCCCCAGCGACGAACCUAGCCAACCCCCUCCUCCUCCGCCUCCUCCGACAAGCCAACCCCCUCUGCCUCCUCCUCCUCCUCCUCCAAGCCACCCCCCUCCAUCUCCGCCGCCGCCGCCUCCUGAGAGCCCGUGA